AUGGAGGAGCCGAACAGCCAGCAGAACCAGAAUCAGCAGAGCCAGCAGGCCCAGCAAAACGUCCAGCAAAACGCGCAGCAACAGAGUCAACAAAACCAGCAAAACCAACAAAGCCAGCAAAAUCAAUCUCGGAAGCGCAUCACCAAGACGCCGCCCGACGCUGGAAGCAACAAACGGCCAAGCGGCAACUCUGGUGGAAACAGCAACAACGGCAACAACGACGACCAGCCACCCAUCCCCGAGCGCACGUCGUCGUUCCCCGAAGGGCUGUCGGGCAGAAACACGGCCGACGGCAAAAAGAACAACGGCCGCACCCGCAAAGGACGCAGCGGAUCGUCGCCCAGCGUCCACGUCAACGACGACUCGAGCGCGGCCCUGACGGCUGCCGAGAUUCUCAGAAUGGGCGGUGUCGAGCUUCCAGAGGGCGAUGGGAUGAGCGACAACCAGUCCAAGAACCAAAACAAAAAUCAGAACAAGAACCAGAAUACGAACCAAAACACGAACCAAAACCAGAAUCCGAACCAGAACCAGAGUGGUGGCGGUGUCGACGACGGGGACGACAGCGAAGCCACCGAAUUUGGCGAGGGAAGCGAAGCCUUUGGCGAGGGAGUGGCCACAGCUGGAGCAGCGACCGCUGCACCAAUGCCAACGGCACCGACAUCGACGGAACCGGCGCCAAACUCGUUUGCAGGGCGCAAGGGCAAGGGUAAAGACAAGGACAAAGACGGCAAGAAGAAGGGCGGCAACGGAAAAAAGAAUAAGGACAAAGGCGUCAGCGGUGGACAAGAGGGCAAGCCAUCGGGGACAGAGAGCAACAAUGGAGGAAAUGGAGGAAAUGGGGGCAACGGGGGCAACGGAGGCACUGGGGGCGGCAGUGGCAAACAGGAGGGCAACAAGAACGACAACGGCAGCGACCAGAACCAGGGAGGCGCGUACGCAUUAGGGGCGGCGCGGUUCAUUGAAGAAGACAUGUGCAGCGACGACGGCCUCGACCACGACCGCGACCACGACCAAGACGAGUACGACCAAGGAGACUUUCACGAGUUUGACAGCAACCACAGCCACGGACACGGCUACGGACACGGCUACGACCACAGCCACAGCCACAACCACAACAACCACCAAGGCGACGACGAGAGCAACGUCAUCGACCUCAACACGUUCCCCACCAACACGCGCGGGCCCAACGACCGGCCGGCCAACAACGCGUCGAUUGCUAACUCGUACUUUGCGUCCAUCACGCACACGCUCGCGGGCAUGGUGCCACUGCCGCGGGCGCCGCGCGAGGACUACAUGCGCACCAUGACGAGCGACCGGCGCAGCCUGCAGGAGACGGUGCAGUCGCUGAUCAGCACGCUGCAGCACGAGCAGAUGCGGCGGAUGGCGGCGGAGGAGAACGCGGCGGUGCUGCAGGAGAACCUCAGCGUGUACAAGGACCUGGCGGCGCAGUUCCGCGACGAGGCCAGCAAGCUGCGCGAGGAGACGGAGCGGUCCAAGAAGGGCCACAUGCAGGUGCUGCGCGACCUCAACCGCUUCAAGGCGGGGCAGGGCUUCAGCCAGAUGGCCGACGACUUUCUGACGCAAAAGGCGCGCGAGCUGCGCCAGGACAUUCGCGACUUUGCCAUCCAGUACUUUGACGGCGAGUUUGAGGACGCCGCGCAGAACGAGCGCCCGCCGGCGCGCGCCGACACAAAGCUGGGCGAGUUCAUGGCGGGCAUCAGCCCGCUGGACCCGUUCCAGAGCUUUCUGCUGUCGCCGACGCGCUGCGCCAGCGCCGUCGAGUCGUUUCUGUGGGUGAUUCUGGCCAAGACGGUGUUUGGCGGCUGGUACUGGGCGGCGGGCGGGCGGCUGCCGCUGCACGACGUCUUUGCGUGGAUGCGGCCGGGCGACUAUUCCUUUGCCGUGUACAGCGACGAGGACAAGGAGGCCACCGCCACCAGUGGUGGUGCUGGUAGUAGUGGAGGCACCACCUCCACCGACGCCGAGGCGGAGCGCCGCUUCUACACGUGGCGCGCGACGACGGCCAAGCUGGUCGCGGAGCGCCCCGGCAUCAUGGUGCGCGACAACUUGCGCAACAAGCUCGUCGAGGAGAUCUGCAUGACCAUCGAGCCGUACCUGCGCGCGGCCAACGACGGCAGCCACGCCGAGGAGCUGCACAACAUUGUCAACAAGGCCUGCGAGUUCGACCGCGACACCAGCCAGCAGGCCUCGCGCCUCGAGUGGAUCUUCUGCCGCCACCCCGGCCAAAAGGACCGCGGCGCGCCCCAGCGCUUCAACCCGGCCGUCAUGGACACGCCCAUGUGGGAGGACGCGCCCACCGACCAGUCCGAGGUGCUGCUGGUCGUCGCCCCGGCGCUGCGCAAGCGCGGCCGCUCCAACGGCGAGGACUACUCGGUCGAGACCAUGCUGCUGAAGAUGGACGUGACCUGCGAGCCGGUGACGGACAUGAUUGUAGCAUAG